AAAUCAAUUCAAAAGAUUUAACGAACCUGUGGAAGAUCUGCUUAUGAUUCUCAUGGUUCUGAACUUUGCUAAAGCUGUUUUGGCUUAAGAAGCUAGUUUAUCAUCUUUAGCAGAGUUAUUGAAGCAAGUUUCCUGUAAAAUAUUUAAUGUUUCUGAGAAAUCAUAAGAGGAUCUGACUUUGUUUUAUCAUGGUUCAGAACUUUGCUAAAACUUUUUUGGUUUACGAUCUUCAGCAGAGUAAAUGAGUAAGUUUCAAGGGUUUGAUAUAACUCUGAUUGCAAAAAGGAACUACCAAUCUCUAGCUUUUCUAAACUUUACUCUUUUAAUAUACGAUCACAUAUUAAAUCUCUUUUUUCAUUUCCAGGUAACUAUCGUCUGCUUGGCUCUCGUUGCUGCCAUCGAUUGUGCUCUCUUGCGUGCUCCUUUGGCUGCUCCUGUUGCCGCCGUACCCAUCAACACUGAAAUCGAUCCUCAUCCUCAGUAUGCUUUCGCCUAUAAUGUACAAGAUGCUUUGACCGGUGACAGCAAGAGCCAACAGGAAGUUAGAGAUGGUGAUGUUGUAAAGGGUUCCUACUCCGUGGUAGAUGCUGAUGGUUCUCUUCGUACUGUUUUCUAUACCGCCGAUCCCAUCAACGGUUUCAAUGCUGUAGUACAACGUGGUCCCGUACCAGUUGCUGCUCCUGUUGUAGCUGCCAGACCCGUAGUGGCUGCUAGACCUGCCGUAGCUGUACCCACCCGUUUCUUUUAAGUUAAUACAUUGAAACGUUUUAGAUGUAUGGCUUUCCUCUAUCCUUCUCUAACUAUCUUUUAAUUUAAAAUCAUUGUUAUUUUAGGUAAAUGUCAUUAUUAAUUUAAAUAUUAUUUUGUUGUUUAGUUUGUAUUUUAUUUUUUUGUUAAAUAAUAAUAAAAAAAUUAAACGAACAUCAUUUGUUUGUAUCGUAAUGGAUUUGUACGCAUGCAAAUUUCAUUUUGGUUGAGACAAUGAUUUAAGAUUGUUGAAAAAAAA